GACACUACUGUUAUGUUCCCUCCCUCCUGGAAGGAGAGCUCCAGCUCCUGCAAAUCCAAGCCGCCUCCUCUUCUUAAUUCCCUUCCUUUCUCCUUCCACUCUCUGGAAACUCAGGGACAGAGCAGAAACUUAAUAAUAAUUGCAAACUAGGUGAUAAUUGUCACCCUCUCAGUCCUGGGCUCCCUCUCUUUUUUCCUUAAAUUUGUCCUCAAGUCUCAGUAAAUGAUAACUACAAUCCUUGCAAGAUGAAGUUCGCUUACUUUUUCCCAGCCUUCCUACUUCAGGGCUGCUUUCUUUUCAGAACAGUUCUUGCUCAAGCAACCGCAGUCUCCAAUGGUGCAGCAACAUUUCAAGAUUGUCCUGUGGAUCUGUUUUUCGUCUUGGAUACCUCUGAGAGUGUUGCCUUAAGAGAAAAGCCUUUUGGGGCCUUGGUGGAUCAAGUUAAAGCAUUCACCAACCGAUUCCUUGAUAAGUUAACUGACAGGUACUAUCGGUGUGACCGGAAUCUUGUGUGGAAUGCGGGAGCCUUGCAUUACAGUGAUGAAGUGCAGCUGAUCAAGGAGCUCAGCCGGAUGCCUGCAGGGAGAGCAGACCUGAAGAACAGGGUCUCCUCCGUGGUUUCUAUUGGCAAAGGCACCUACACAGACUGUGCCAUCAAGAGAGGGAUUGAAGAGCUGCUCAUCGGAGGAUCUCAUAAGAAUGAAAAUAAAUACCUGAUUGUGGUGACAGAUGGACACCCCUUGGAAGGAUACAAAGAGCCCUGUGGCGGAUUGGAAGAUGCUGCAGCUGAAGCGAAACAUCUGGGGAUCAAAGUGUUCUCCAUUGCCAUAUCUCCAGACCAUCUGGAAUCUCGGCUCGGUGUGAUUGCCACAGACCAUUCCUAUCGUGAGAAUUUCACAGCAACUGGACGUCCAGCACGUGAUAUUGACAACACAAUUGACAAAAUCACUGCUAGAAUUACGGAGACAGUGGAGCAAGAGUGCUGCUCAUAUGAAUGCCAGCCUGCCCGAGGGCCCCCGGGACCAUUAGGGGAUCCAGGAUAUGAGGGAGAAAGGGGGAAACCUGGCCUUCCUGGUGAAAAAGGAGAUGCUGGAGAACCUGGGAAGCAAGGAGACCCAGGACCCAUUGGUUACCAAGGCAUGAAGGGAGAAAAAGGUACCCGAGGUGACAAGGGCUCAAGAGGUGCAAAAGGAGCCAAGGGGGAGAAAGGCAGGCGUGGCAUCGAUGGUUUAGAUGGCAAGAAGGGUGAACAAGGAUUUCAUGGGUUACCAGGAUGCAAAGGAUCCCCAGGAUUUGAUGGCUUGCAAGGACCUCCUGGGCCAAAAGGGGAUCUAGGUCCUUAUGGACCCAAAGGAAGAAAGGGAGAGCCUGGGCUUAGUGGAAGACCAGGCAGGACAGGAAACUCUGGAAGUCCUGGAGAUAAGGGACCGCCUGGAGAGUCCGGAGUGCCUGGAGAGAAAGGAGAAAUGGGAGAUGAGGGAAAUCCUGGCCCAGAUGGCCCCACGGGAGACAGGGGUGCAAAUGGAGAAAGAGGGCCGCUAGGGAACCCUGGUACCCGUGGACCAAGAGGGGAAAAGGGUGAGCCAGGGCCACAGGGUGACCAAGGACGAGAAGGACCUUUUGGACCGCCUGGAGAGCCAGGUGAAGCAGGCCCAGCUGGUCCGAAAGGGUACAGAGGAGAUGAAGGCCCUUCUGGACCGGAGGGUCCUAAAGGACUGCCUGGCCCACCUGGAUUACCUGGAGAAACUGGCUUGAUGGGUGACAGGGGAGAAGAUGGCCGAGCAGGAAAUGGCACCGAUGGUUUCCCCGGUUUCCCGGGAUAUCCUGGCAACAGAGGUGAUCCUGGGGCUAAUGGUACCAAAGGCUAUCCUGGUCCCAAAGGCGAUGAAGGAGAGAUCGGAGACCCAGGGCUGGAAAGCAAUGCAACUGGGACCCGAGGCAUGAAAGGAGCCAAAGGUUACAGAGGACCAGAAGGGCCCCCAGGACCUGCAGGACCCAGAGGCCCUCCAGGACCAGAUGAAUGUGAAAUUUUGGAUAUCAUCAUGAAAAUGUGCUCUUGCUGCGAAUGCAAGUGUCUUCCUGGCGAUGUUCUGUUUGUGCUGGACAGUUCAGAGAGCAUUGGCCUGCAGAACUUCCAGAUUGCUAAGGAUUUCAUUGUCAAGGUCAUUGACAGGCUUAUCAAGGAUGAAAAAGUGACGUUUAGACCAGGGGAGACCAACGUUGGUGUGGUUCAGUACAGCCAUGACAACACCCAGGAACUGGUGGCCUUGGGAGAUAGCAACAUUGAUAACAUUGGAGCCUUUAAGGAAGCUGUGAAGAACCUGCACUGGAUUGCUGGUGGCACAUAUACUGGGGAGGCCCUUCAGUUCACCAAGGAUAACUUGCUGCGGCGCUUUCCCUCUGAGAAAAGAGUGGUCAUAGUCAUCACAGACGGACGGUCCGAUGUACUUCGGGACCAAACACCACUCAACGUGCUCUGUGAAAGCAAGACCCAGGUGGUUCCCCUGGGUAUCGGUGAUAUUUCCAACAAACCAGCAAACACUGAGCAAUUAUCAACUAUUUCCUGUGGGGGCAUCUCUGUUUAUCAAGAAAACUUUGCUUUGCUGCUGGAUGACAAUUUCCUGCAGAAUGUUACCUCGCAGAUCUGCAAAGAAAAGAAAUGCCCGGACUACACCUGCCCAAUCUCUUUUGCUGGCCCAGCUGAUAUCACACUCCUUGUGGAUAGCUCCACCAGCGUUGGGAGCCGCAACUUCAACACCACCAAGACGUUUGUGAAGCGCCUUGCAGAACGAUUCCUGACAGCAGCCAAGCCUUCGGAGGAUGCCGUGCGCAUUUCUGUCGUCCAGUACAGCGGCAAAGGCCAGCAGAAAGCAGAGGCGCGGUUUGAGCAGAACUACACGGUGGUUGCUAAUGCUAUUGACAGCAUGGAAUUCAUGAAUGACGCCACGGAUGUGAACGCAGCCCUCCGCUUUGUCACUAGUCUCUACCGGCAGUCCGCCCGUGCUGGAGCUAAGAAGAGAGUUCUGAUUUUCUCCGAUGGCAACUCUCAAGGCAUCACCAGCAGUGCCAUUGAGACGGCAGUUCAAGAGGCUCGACGGGCAGAACUUGAAAUCUAUGUACUAGUGGUUGGCACUCAAGCCAAUGAGCCCAAUGUGCGUGUUCUGGUCACUGGGAAAGCGGCAGAGUACGAUGUGGCCUAUGGAGAGAGGCACCUUUUUAGAGUGCCGGAUUACCAGUCUCUGCUGAGGGGAGUGUUCUAUCAAACUGUCUCCAGGAAAAUAGCUGUAGACUGAGGAGGUGGGAGUGGAAGAGCAAAAUAUAUAGAUUCUAAGUGUUCAGAAAUAAAAUGUUAGCAGCCAGCUGGAUCCAUGUUUUUUAUACAAAGCCAUAGCCCACCCAUGUCCUUACUUUUGAGCUCUGUUUUCUUUGUUGUACAUGAAUUCUUCCAGCCUGCAGGGAAAAGCAUAGGAUGGUUUAUUUUCCCCCUACUUGAUAUCUCUCUUAACUGUAACUGAAAUGACUAUUUUUGUACCAUAUUUGAUGAAGGUAAGCCGGGUUCAUAAAGAACCUUAAAUGCACUAACCUUAUUUCUAAGGUUGAUAGCACAUUUCACAUGAAUAUUAGGGUCCUCUUUCUCAAAAUAAAAGGAUCCCCUAUAUUUCAUUGCCAAACUAAUUUGUUAAAUUUGUCUGCUCUUUUAUUUUUAUGUCAAGAAACAUGUUGUGUAACAAUUACUGUUUCGGCUACUUAGCUCCUGAAAGAUUACAUUGUCUUCAGAAAUAUAAGGUUCAUUUCAUGGUAUAGUCACUGCUUUCCACGACAACUAUGGAAAGUGCUAAAUUUGUAACUUGAGUCAUACAAUCAAGUUCAAAGUAGGUUACUUUGACAGAAGGAUUCAACCCAAGAGUAUCUACCCAAACUAGAGGGCGGGAUGAAGGAAGCUGAUGUUGUUCAUACAUGAUAUUGCGGGCUCAUUCACAUUGCUGCUUGUCCUGUGAUUUCUAGGCACGGGUCCGAGAGGUUUUUCUUUCGUCCCUGGGAAAACCCCCAGUUUACUGCUGAAUCAGAACAAACAUGAAUUGGGCUUUCUGAAGAUUUAUGUUUGUUCCGAUUCAGCAGUAAGCAGCAGGUUUCCACAGGGAAGCGGCGGGACAAAAGGAGAACCACUUGGAGCUGUACCUAGAAAUUAUGGGACAAGCAGGAGAAAUUGUGGGUGAGCGCUGAGAUUUGCAAAAGUGAUAUUCCAGUUUAAACAAAACCCAAAAGCCUAUGCCAUGAGUUUGGGCCUUUUGGCUUUGGAGGGCCAUCUCCAGCCAACAUGAAGUCCAUGUCGGUGCUACCCCUGCCAUGCCUCAAAGCCUGAGGUUUUACAUUGUUCCUAUGUUUACACAUCAACUCAUUAAAGAGACAUUGAAUUCAGGAACUGGUUGGGACAGAUUUCAUCCAGUGUUUCCAAUGGUGCUCUUGCUAUGAUUUCAGUGUCCUUUCUUUUCAAAACAGGAAAUUGUUUUUAACACUGCGCCUUUUAUUGUCUUUUCACCAAUAUUCAUUUUACCACUUCAUUUUAUUUUAUUCCUGUGAUUUACUGACAGAUGUUCACUUUGAAAAUUUGUUCAAAUAAAUUGUUUUCCACAGUU